GGCAUCAAAAUCUAGGGCAAAAUGAGGAUUUAGUUACUCAAAGAGCAUGUUUUAGAGUGUUCGGAGGCAGAUUGUGAACUGAGAAGAUGACGGAGGUAGCGAGAUCAGUGGUUCAUGAAGUUUUUGGAGAAAACAUCGUCGACGUUGAUGAACCAAUCGUCGAUUACAUCGUCAACGUCCUCGCCGACGACGACUUCGAUUUCGGACUCGACGGCGAAGGCGCCUUCGAUGCACUCGGCGAGCUCCUCGUCGCCGCCGGCUGCGUCCCCGACUUCCCCGACUGCCGCACCGCUUGUAGCAAGCUCUCUGACAAGUUCGGGAAGCAUGGAUUGGUGAAGGAGAAGCCAACGGUGCGAAGCCUCACCACGCCGUUUCGAAUGAACGAGGGAUUGGACGACGGUGUAGCUCCUAAGAAGAAGCCUGAGCCAGUGGAUGGUCCUCUCUUGACUGAACGCGACAAAUUGAAGCUCGAAAGGAGGAAGAGGAAGGAUGAACGACAGAGAGAGGCACAAUACCAAAUUCAUUUGCAAGAGAUGGAAGCGGUGCGGGCAGGGAUGCCUGUGGUUUGCGUAAGGCAUGAGAACAUGGGCGGUCCGAAUGUGAAGGACAUUCACAUGGAGAAUUUCAAUAUCUCUGUUGGUGGCCGCGAUCUCAUUCUCGAUGGUUCCAUCACUCUCUCUUUUGGAAGGCAUUAUGGGCUUGUUGGAAGAAAUGGUACAGGCAAAACAACUUUUCUCAGGCACAUGGCUAUGCAUGCCGUUGAUGGCAUUCCCAGGAAUUGUCAGAUAUUGCAUGUGGAGCAAGAGGUUGUGGGUGACAAUAUAUCUGCACUGCAGUGUGUUCUCAAUUCUGACAUCGAGAGAACUCAGCUUCUGGAGGAAGAAGCUCAAUUACUUGCCAAACAGAGGGAAUCUGAGGAGAGCAUUGGACAAGGCAAUGAUAAACUGAAUGGAGGGGUUGAAAGAGAUCCCCAUUCACAAAGGCUUGAGGAAAUAUACAAGAGGCUUGAAUUCAUAGAUGCUGAUACUGCGGAGUCACGAGCAGCAUCUAUACUUGCUGGUUUGAGUUUCACUCCUGAAAUGCAGAACAAGGCAACAAAAACGUUCUCUGGAGGAUGGCGGAUGCGAAUAGCACUUGCUCGUGCACUGUUUAUAGAGCCUGAUAUAUUGCUUCUUGAUGAGCCUACGAACCAUCUUGAUCUUCAUGCUGUCUUAUGGCUUGAAUCGUACUUGGUUAAGUGGCCAAAAACAGUUAUUGUUGUUUCUCAUGCUAGAGAAUUUUUAAACACGGUGGUUACAGAUAUAAUUCACUUACAAAACCAAAAGCUGACUACUUAUAAAGGGGAUUAUGAUAAUUUUGAGAAGACACGAGAAGAACAAAUCAAAAACCAGCAAAAAGCAUUGGAGGCAAAUGAACGUUCCAGAGCUCACAUGCAGACUUUCAUUGACAAGUUUCGCUUUAAUGCAAAGAGGGCGUCACUUGUUCAAUCAAGAAUCAAGGCUCUGGAUCGGCUGGGCUUUGUAGAUCAAAUUGUUAAUGAUCCUGACUACAAGUUUGAGUUCCCCACUCCAGAUGAUAGACCAGGCGCACCAAUAAUAAGUUUCAGUGAUGCAUCAUUUGGGUAUCCUGGAGGGCCCAUUCUAUUUAAGAAUUUGAACUUUGGGAUUGAUCUUGACAGCCGUAUUGCAAUGGUUGGACCAAAUGGCAUUGGCAAAUCUACUAUACUUAAGUUAAUUGCUGGGGAUUUACAACCAACUUCUGGGACCGUCUUCCGUUCUGCUAAGGUUCGAAUAGCAGUUUUCAGUCAGCACCACGUUGAUGGACUCGACUUAUCCUCAAAUCCUCUUCUGUAUAUGAUGCGCUGCUAUCCUGGAGUUCCAGAACAGAAGCUUCGAGCUCACUUAGGUUCUUUUGGUGUAACUGGAAAUCUUGCACUUCAGCCCAUGUAUACUUUGUCAGGUGGUCAGAAAAGUAGGGUUGCCUUCGCAAAGAUUACUUUUAAGAAGCCACACAUAAUAUUGCUUGAUGAGCCAUCCAAUCAUCUGGACUUGGAUGCUGUUGAGGCGCUAAUUCAAGGUCUUGUGAUGUUCCAAGGAGGAAUUCUCAUGGUGAGUCACGAUGAGCAUCUCAUCUCUGGAAGCGUAGAUGAGUUAUGGGUUGUAUCCCAAGGAACAGCAACACCAUUCCAUGGCUCCUUCCAAGAUUACAAGAAGAUACUCCAGUCAUCUUAGGGAAGUGUGGAAUUAUUGAGUUAAAUUUAAAUUACUAUGUCACACUUUUAUCGUUACUAUUCUUUUUAUUUAUAGUUAAUUACUCUUACCUUUCUUUUUUUGAAAGUUAAUUACUCUUACCUUUCUUAAGAGAAACUUUAACUACAAUUCCCUCAUGUUUAAACACACUCAAGUACAUAUUACACUUUAUUAUAUUUAAAUAUUAAUGAAUCUAUUAAUGAUUUAAA